AUGUCUGAAGCUGCUGUAUCUUUACCUGAAGUAACUCGAUCAAUAUCUGCAGAUAUUUCAUUUAUAAACUCAAAUAAAGGAAAACCUUUACUCGUAGCAAAUAACUAUAUUUUCAAAUUAAAUAAAACAACAGCUACAACUAAAUAUUGGAUAUGUACACUUAAUGAAUGUUUAGCUAAAAUAAAAUUUAGUCAUGUCAAUGGACCUAUUCAACUUUCUGAAGAUGCAACUGUAGCUGAACAUAAUGGUCCAGAUUUUGUUUCCAGUUCAUUUCGUGUUCAUCAAACGUAUUCAAGAGGGAUAUAUUCUACACGAUUAUUAUUUAAGACAUUAUCAUCAUCAAAUAGUUUUAUCGGUAUAAUUGAAUCCAAUGCUAACCAAUCAAUAUCAUUGUUAUACGGUUGGUUUAUUGGUGAUAAACAAAUGUUUAGAAUUUGGUUAUCUUGGAUUCAUAAUCCACUAAAACAUUAUUUUACUUGUGAAGAAACACAAAAUCAUACAAUUGAAAUGAAAAUUGAUUGUAACAAGUUAAAGAUUGUAUUGAACCAUAAAGAAAUGAAUGAAAAAUACGAACUUGAUAUUGAUCGGAAACAAACUCCAUUACCAUGGCAAAUAAUUAUUAAACUCGAUCAUCAUGGAGAUCGUGUACGUCUUCAACAAUAA